AUGGCUGUUGUGGUCGCAAAGGCUUCUUUCAAUCCACCCAUAGCUGUCCCCCGCUCGGGCUUGUCGAGCAUGGCGGAACGCGGUGAUUCACAAUCAGAUUUACUCGACGUCUGGGCCUCUGCGAUGGAACGAUACAAGCAAGAUGCGAAGCGCGACCUUCUCGCGGGGAGACUCGAGGCUGAGUCCCUCGAUGCUCUUCUGGAUAUCAUCGACCGCCAGCAGAACAAGUUCAAAGAGUAUCGGGCGAGAGAGAGAAAGAUAAGAGACGUGCUGGAACCUGUUCUUCGUUUGAUUGGGCUGCUGUCUGAGUCGGUGGAUGGGAGUCUGGCGUCGUCCCUCACCCCGGCACAAGCUUUCGCCGUCGCUAUUCGCGCGCUGUUUAAGGCUGCGAAAAAUGUCGGCGCACACUACGACACGAUCGUCAAAAUGCUCGAGGAGCUCAGCGGCUUCGCCGAUCCGCUCAGUGUCCUCAGUCGGCAAGAGCUUGAUGCCCCCGCGAAGAAAAUCGUCGUCGAGAUUCUUGCGCAAUUGCUUGCAACGCUGGGCGUGACGACCAAGUCGAUCAAGCAGAGGCGUCCUGUCCGAUACGUCAAAGCGCUCCUCGGGACCAAGGCCGAUACGACGAGUGAUGCGAUGGAGAAGCUGAGGAAAGUAUUGGAUCAGGCGGUUAACUCUGUCGCGACCAGUGCGAGGGGCUUGCAGGUAUCGGAAGCAUCGAAAGACUGCUUUCGAAACAAGGUUCGCAGCAGGCUCAGCCCACCGGACCCGUCGACGAAUCAUAACGCCGCAUGCCAAAUGCGACACGGCGACACGGGGGACUGGUUUCUACGCGCAGAAGAAUUUCUGAGAUGGACGGAGACACCGGGCUCGUUCCUCUGGGUUCAUGGCAUACCUGGCAAUGGUAAAACGAUCUUAUGCUCUACAGUCAUCCAAACCCUCCAGCGCGCUUACCAACAAGCUAACAAUGGAACAUCUGUGGCCGUGGCGUAUUUCUACUUUGACUUCAGCGAUUAUGGGAAAUUGUCGUUUCAGAGCCUCGUGCAUUCACUCGUCACACAGCUCUUAUUCCAGGGCCCUGGCACUCCUGCUUCCCUGGAAAGCCUUUGUGCGAGGGAUCUCAGUGGACAGCAACCACGAGUCGACGGCUUGACCACGAUCUUGAAGGCAUUAGCCGGGUAUUUCGACAAGACGUACAUCGUCCUCGAUGCUCUAGACGAAUGCACUGGCUCGGAGCGAGCGCGCGUCCUACGGUUUUUGGAAGAGAUGAAGAGCUGGAACCUCCCUGCUCUGCGUGUUUUUGCCACGAGCCGGCCUGAGCAGGAUAUCGAUAUGGUGAUGGAUAAUCUGCGCGCUUCCUGUUUCGAUCUCCACGGCGAAGCAUCUAGAAUCGACCACGACAUUCGGCAGUAUCUCGAAAGCCUGCUUCGAGACGACUUUUACCUCCGGGAUUGGGGAGCAAGGGAGAAGGCGAUGAUCGUAGAGACCCUUGUUCAGCGCGCAUGCGGAAUGUUCCAGUGGGUCCGAUGCCAAUUGGAUUCACUGCGAAAAUGUGUUACGCACUCUGAUCUCCAAGCGGCGUUGACGAACCUACCGGAAACACUGGACGCGACGUAUGAUCGUACGCUGCAAAACAUUCCAGAUAGUCGCCGAGAGAAGGUCCAUCAUAUGCUGCAGUUCCUCUGUUGCUCGGCUCGCCCUUUGUUGCUCGGGGAACUUGCGGAAGUCGUCACAGUGUCUAUGGACUCUCGAGGGAUAGCUCACUACGUUCCUGGGAAUCGUUUGCGUGGCCCAUCAGACGUGCUCACAAUGUUUGAUGGUCUAUUGUCUCUGUCGACCAGGCCAGUUCUCGACAAUGGAGUGCCUUUUUAUCGGUGGCACCCAACUUCUUCAGAUGAAAUCGCCGCAUGGCGAGUGGUUCAAUUAUCACACUCCUCCGUCAAAGACUAUCUAGUCUCCGAGAGAAUUCGAACCGGUGGUGCUUGGAACUACAGGAUCGAUGCCGCACUGGCUCACCGGUGGAUCAGCAUGACCUGUCUCGCCUACCUAAAUCGGUUUGAUGAUCCGGACGGAUUGGAUGGCCAGCGGAUGGAAGAAGAUUUGGAUGUCGCACUCGCUUCAUACGCAGCAAAGCACUGGGUCUGGCAUUUACAAUGUCAGGGCCGAAACGACGACUACCUACCUCUGCAGAUGUCCAUACGAGGCCUCCUCCAUCCCCUCCGGCGGCCACAAUUUUUGAAUUGGGUCAGGAUGUCUGGUGUGACAUGGUUGGGUGUAUAUCAGCAUAUCCCACUUGGAUGGCAGCGGGACAUCCAAACCAUCCCUGACCCGCUGUACUAUGCGUGUGAUGCUGGCCUUCUCGGAGCUUCAAGAUGGCUGUUAAGCCAAGGCGCCGAAGUGGAUGCGCAAGGAGGGGACCAUCAAAAUGCCCUGAUGGCGGCAUCGGCCCACGGACAUGAAGCAAUGGUGCGGCUGCUAAUAGACAGCGGCGCGGAUGUCAAUAAAGUGGGAGGCUUUUACGGGAGCGCUCUCCAGGCCGCAUCCCGUGGAGGGCACAAAGCAGUGGUUCGGCUGUUGGUGGACAAUGGCGCCGACAUUAACGAGGUUGGAGGUCAUUAUGGGAACGCGCUCCAGGCAGCAUGUUGUGGAGGGUACGAAGCAGCGCCAAGCAAAGACUUAGGUGCCGAUAGCUUGGUGGAUGGUGACUACGGGAAUAGGCUGCAGUCUGGAGAUUUUGAAGCAGUAGUGCGGUUGCUGGUGGACAAGGGCGCCGAUAUCAAUGGAGUGGGGGGUUACUACGGAACCGCGCUGCAGGCUGCAUCUCAGAGCGGACGCGAAGCGUUGGUGCGGUUGCUGGUGGACAAAGGUGCCGAUAUCAACGAAUCGGGAGGCUAUUAUGGCAACGCACUGCUGGCGGCUUGCUCUAGAGGUCACGAAGCAAUCGUGCGACUGCUGCUAGAUCGAGGUGCUGAGGUGAAUGCCCAGGAGAAAUACCACGGGAACGCGCUGCACGCAGCAUGCGCGGGAGGUCAUGAAGCUAUCGUGAUCAUGUUGUUGGAUCGGGGUGCUAAAGUGAACAUGUUUGGGGGAUGGCGGGGGUAUGCGCUGCGAGCCGCAUGUUGGGAGGGUCACACGACAAUCGUGCGGCUGCUACUAGACCGAGGGGCUGAGGUAAAUGUGCAGGGAGGAGCCCACUGGAAUGCGCUCUACACGGCGUGCUUGGUGGGCCAGAAGGAAGUUGUGAAGCUGCUGCUGGACCGUGGUGCCGAGGUGAACGAGCAGACGAAUGUGGAACCACACGUCAACGCCUUGCAGAUGGCAUGCGUGAGAGGCGACGAAGCUAUCGUUCGAAUGAUGCUGGACCGAGGCGCAGAUGUGAAUGCAGCGGGAGAAUGUCAUGGCAGCGCACUUCAGAUGGCGUCGUUGGGAGGUCGCGGAGCAAUCAUGAAACUGUUGCUGGAUCGAGGUGUCGAAGUGAAUGUACAGGGAUCCCACGAAAAUGGGUUGUAA